AAAAUUUUAAUUAAGUAGUUUCUUUUGGUGUUUUGACUUUAUUCAAUACCAAAACUUUAUAGAAUUUUACUUUAAUACUUUUAUUUUUAUUUUAUUAAAAUUAAUAAAUUUAAUAACGCAAACUAAUUGAAAAUGUUAACAAGAUCGAAAAUGUGAUAUAGAUUGUGUUAAAAUCCUUUUAUGAUGUCAGAGCAAGCCAAAACAUCUACAAAGCCUCAAAUUUUUUAUUCGAAUUCAAAUAAAUUGAAAAGCGAACGAUCAACGAUUCAUAAUUCUAACAUUGAUAAUAACAAAGAUAAAAAUUCAAUAAGUACAUCAUCAACUGGUAUAAAAAAAACAACAGCGAUAUCACCACCACCAUUAUCAUCACAAUCUUCGAUUAAGAAUUUAAACGAGAAACAACAAUAUCAACAGCAAUUACAAUAUAAAAUGAAUAAUUUUAAUAAUAAUAAAAUUAUUGGUGGUGCUAUUAAUAAUAUUAAUCAACAACAGCAACAAUUACAACAUAAUUCUAAAGGUCAACGUGUACAUAAUACUUUAGCAUCAUCAACAUCAUCGAAAUCAACAUCAACUUCAUCAUCAUCAUCAUCAUCAAAAACUGAAAUAAAAGCACAUGCAUUACAACGUGAUUUAAGUGAAAUGAGAAGUUCAAUGUCAGAAAUAAGUGAUUUAGCAUUAGGAAAAACUAAUUCAACAAUGGCUUCACAAAAAAAAUUAGAAGAACAUCAAAAAAUACUGCAUUCAUCUUUAGAAAAAUUAAUUGAUAACGACUGUAAUGUACAAUCAUCGAAUGUUAUGAACACUCCAGAACCUUUAGUAACUUUUCCAGAAGAUGAAACUAAUGAUUAUGAAAAUGGUGGUGGCGGUGGUGGUGGUAGUAAUAGUGGUACAAAUGUUAAUUAUAUAGGAAUAACCAAAUUAAAUUCUGGUGUUGUUUGUGGUGAAAAUGAAUAUAGUAAUAAUAAUGCUGGUGCUGAAAACUGUGGAUUAGGAAACAUACAUGGUACAAAUAUUGUAAAUAUAGAAAAUAGUGGUGGUAUUGAAACUGAUAAUGAGAUUAUUUUACCUUCUGGUAAUCAAUUAACAAAAAAUGUACCACCAAAUUGGCAAUUAAAUAAUUAUAAUAAUAAUUGUAAUAAUUCAAUUGCAUCAUCAUCAUUGAAUUUUGAAGAGAAAAGAUUUAGAAAAGAAUCAAAAACACAAUUUAUGUCACAAGAAAAAUUUACUAGUAGCAGAAGUAAUAGCAUAAGUAGCGAACAUGCUAUUAGAAAUGCAUCAGCAAUGUCAGCAGCAGCAUCAACAGAAUCGAUAACAGGUAGUGGUGAAUUAAAUUGUAUACAAAAUACUGGUGGUGGUGGAAUUAUAACUGGUAAUAAUUAUAAUAAUAGUAUUGGUAAUAAUGAUAUUAAUUUUGAAUUAGAAACAAAUAAGGCGUCAGCAGCAAUACGUAAUAAAUAUCAUAUGAAAGAAAUUCGUGGUAAACAGCAAUCAUUAUCAUUAUCAUCUGAAGCAAUUCAACAACAAUCACAACAGCAACAUCAAGAAAGAUCUAUAUCAACAACAACAACAACUCAACAACAUUUAACAACUUCAGCAACAAAUCAAAUGCAAAGUAAUACAUUUUGUAUGGAAAAUCAUAGAAUGAUAUCACAACAACAACAACAGCAACAACAACAAGCACAACAUCAUCAAAAGCAAUCAUCAUAUACAACAUCAUCAUCAUCAUCAACAGGUAUAACACAUGUUGCUGCAAGUGCACAAACAAAUUUUAAAAUAACAAGUAGUAGUGCCGCAACAGCUGGUAGUAAUAUGAUAAUGUCAUCAACACAUUACGCAAGUAGUAAUCAACAAUCAAUUAAUGAAAAUUCAAUGAUAUUAGAUGGCAGUACAUUAAAUUUAGAUGAUUUGGGUAAUUUAUGUUCAAAUAGUAGUCCAAAAGAUAUUGAUAAUGCAAUUAAAAAAUAUUCAACACAAUUAGAUUUAUUUGUAAAACAAUUACAAUUACCAAAUUCAUCUGAAAAAAUUAAAAUACCAACAUUAAAUAAUAUUAAUGAAAUAAUACAAAGAGCAUGGACAGUACCAACUUUUGGUCAUAAAUUAGGAUAUAGUUUAUGUAAUGCAUUAAGAGAUAGCGGUGGACUUGAUUUAUUAAUGAAAAAUUGUGUUGAAGGUGAUCAUGAUGUUAAAUUUUCAUCAGCAAAAUUAUUAGAACAAUGUUUAACAAUUGAAAAUCGUUCUCAUGUUGUUGAUAAUGGUUUAGAAAAAGUUGUUAAUGUUGCAUGUGUAUGCACAAAAAAUUCAAAAACAGAUCAUUCUCGUAUUGGUACUGGUAUAUUAGAACAUUUAUUUAAACAUAGUGAAGGUACUUGUUCUGAUGUUAUAAGAUUAGGUGGAUUAGAUGCUGUAUUAUUUGAAUGUCGUCGUAAUGAUACAGAAACAUUAAGGCAUUGUGCUGGUGCAUUGGCUAAUUUAUCGUUGUAUGGUGGUGCUGAAAAUCAAGAAGCAAUGAUUAGCAAAAAAGUACCAAUGUGGUUAUUUCCAUUAGCAUUUCAUGAUGACGAUACAGUCAAAUAUUACGCAUGUUUGGCAAUUGCUGCAUUAGUUGCCAAUAAAGAAAUUGAAGCUGAAGUAUUAAAAUCAGGUACUUUAGAUUUAGUUGAACCAUUUGUGACAACACAUAACCCAUCUGAAUUUGCUAAAUCAAAUUUAUCGUAUGCACAUGGUCAAUCAAAACAUUGGUUGCAACGUUUAGUACCAGUAUUAAAUUCAAAUCGUGAAGAAGCAAGAAAUUUAGCGGCAUUUCAUUUUUGCAUGGAAGCUGGUAUUAAAAAAGAACAAGGUUGUACAGAAAUAUUUAAUGAAAUUGGUGCUAUCGAACCAUUAAAAACAGUUGCUAGUUGUCCGAAUGCAAUUGCAUCAAAAUUUGCAGCGCAAGCAUUACGUUUAAUUGGUGAACAAGUACCACAUAAAUUAUCACAACAAGUACCAUUAUGGUCUGUGGAAGAUGUACAAGAAUGGGUUAAACAAAUUGGUUUUGAGGAAUAUGCUAGAAAUUUUUAUGAAUCAUUAGUUGAUGGUGAUUUGUUAUUACAAUUAAAUGAAUGUAAUUUAAGAGAAGAUAUUGGUAUAUGUAAUGGUAUUAAAAGAAAACGUUUCUUAAGAGAACUACAAAAUUUAAUGAAAAUGGCUGAUUAUUCAUCAAAAGAUGCAGCUAAAAUACAUAAUUUUUUAGUAACAAUUGGUGCAGAAUAUUGUACAUAUACAUAUGCAAUGUUAAAUGCUGGUGUUGAUCGUGAAACGUUAAAACAUUUAACUGAAGAUCAAUUAUUUGCUGAAUGUAGUAUUACGAAUUCAAUACAUCGUUUAAGAAUAUUAAAUGCAUUAAAAUCACAAGAAAGUAAUUAUGUAAAUGCGUCUGAAGAUAAUUUAGAAAAAAUAUUAGAUGUGUUUGUUAGUUAUAGAAGAUCAAAUGGUUCACAGUUAGCAAGUUUAUUAAAAGUUCAUUUACAAUUACGUGGUUUUUCUGUAUUUAUUGAUGUUGAAAGAUUAGAAGCUGGUAAAUUUGAUAAUAAUUUAUUAAAUAGUAUUAGACAAGCAAAACAUUUUAUAUUAGUAUUAACACCAGAAGCAUUAGAAAGAUGUAUUGAAGAUUAUGAAUGUAAAGAUUGGGUACAUCGUGAAAUUGUUGCUGCAUUAAACUCUAAUUGUAAUAUAAUACCAAUUAUUGAUAAUUUUCAAUGGCCAGAACCAGAACAAUUACCAGAAGAUAUGAGAAGUGUUUGUCACUUUAAUGGUGUUAGAUGGAUACAUGAUUAUCAAGAUGCAUGUGUUGAUAAAUUAGAAAGAUUUAUGCGGGGUGAGUUAAGCAAUCGCAUAACAGCAGCAACUGGUACAACAACAUCUGGUGGUGGUGGUACAUCAAAUUCAACAACAGGAACAACAGGAAAUAAUAAUAAUAAUGGAAGUAAUAAUAAUAGUGGAAAUAAUAAUAAUAAUAAUAGUGGAACAAAUAAUGGACAAUAUGAUAUUACAACAUCAACAACACCAUCAACACCAUCAUCAGCAUCAGCAACACGUGGAAAUCAUCCACCUAAUUAUCAAAGAAUGCAUAGUAAUGAUUCUGGUAAAUUAAGUGAUAAAGAUUUUAAUGGUAAUAAUUAAUUAAUUAAUUUUUUUUAAUUAAACAAAAAAAAAAUAAUAAAAAAAAAAUUUUCUGCUACUUAAAUUAUAUUUUUUAUAUAUACGUUUUCAAUAUACAUAUUAGUUAUUACUACAAAAUAAUUAUAAAUCCGGUUUAAAAAAAAUAAAAAGUUUUUAAUAAUAAUAUAAAAUAAUUACUAGAAGGAAAUUUAUAAAAAAAAAAUAUAUAUUUUUCCUAUUGCUAUUUUAGACGUUAAUUAAUAAAUUA